AUGUACCUAAUUCACGACUUCGACCUCAACGAAAUUCGAUAUCAACGGAUCUUGACAUCAACGAAUCUUGACAUCAACGGACCUCGACAUCAACGGACUCCGACAUCAACGGACUCCGACAUCAACGGACCUAGACAUCAACGGACCCCGACAUCAACGGAUCUUGACAUCAACGGACCUAGACAUCAACGGACCCCGACAUCAACGGACCCCGACAUCAACGGACUCCGACAUCAACGGACUCCGACAUCAACGGACCUAGACAUCAACGGACCCCGACAUCAACGGACCCCGACAUCAACGGACCUAGACAUCAACGGACCCCGACAUCAACGGACCUCGACAUCAACGAACCCCGACAUCAACGAAUCCCGACAUCAACGGACCCCGACAUCAACGGACCCGGACAUCAAUGGACCUCGACAUCAACGGACCCGACAUCAACGGACCCCGACAUCAACGGACCCAACAGCAAGAAGCAGAUCGAUGGUAUCUAAUGCCACAAAAUAUUGCGUGUUGAGAUAUUAG